AUGGGAGGUAUAUUUGGUAGAAAACCGCAGAGAUCUUCAAAGCAACCGGCGAUCACAGAACAAGAUCGUGCAGUACUUCAAUUAAAACAACAACGAGAUCUAUUGAAUCAAAAUCGAAGACGCAUUGAAAAUCAAAUUGAGCGAGGACGUGAAGUUGCUAAACAAUUAUUAAAAAAUGGACAACAGGAUCGUGCUUUACUGUUGCUUCGAAAGAAAAAAAUGCUUGAAAUGCAACUUUAUAAAACUGAAGGAAUAUUGGAAAAUGUUGAACAAAUGACACAUGAAUUAGAAUUCGCUCAAGUACAAGCUACUGUUGUUAGUAGUUUGCGGCAAGGAACAGAUGCAUUGAAAAAAAUGAACGAACUGUUAAAAAUUGAUGAUAUUGAAAAAUUAAUGGAAGAUUCACGAGAAGCUAUUGAAUAUCAAAAUGAAGUAUCAAAUCUUUUAGCAGGCGGUUUAAAUCGUGUUGAUGAAGAAAAUAUUGAAGCUGAAUUAGAAGAACUCAUUCAUGCUGAAGAAGCUCGAGAAAUUAAUCGUUUACCAGAUGUACCUGAAAAUCGUCAACGUGAACACGCUCGUAGACCUGUUGUAUCGCCAACAAGAGCACAUCAGCGUGUGCUUACCGAAGCUGAUUAA